AUGGCCGAUACCGUUGUCCAACUGAAAUGCGAGUGCAAGCAUGAUCCAUGGGGGAAACAAGGCAGUAGCUCUCUUGCAGGGCGCCUGUGGUCGCAAAUUCCUGGAUCAGACGAAUUGAGCGAGUCAGAUACAUAUUCGGAGAUGUGGAUGGGAACUUAUCCCACCGCCCCGUCUCGACUUGUCUCCAAUGACGAGCUUUUGUCUUCCUAUCUCAAGAAGAACCAUGAUCUGGUCGGAAAUUCCUUUUUUAAACGAUAUAAUACGGAAGUUCCUUUCCUACCCAAGGUUCUUUCCUUCCAAAAAGCUCUCCCAUUGCAGAUCCACCCCGACAAAAAGUUGGCCGAGAAGUUGCACAACAAAGACCCCAUCAAGUUUGGCGACACCAACCACAAGCCCGAGAUUGCCAUCGCGCUUUCUCGAUUCGAACUUUUUGUCGGCUUCAAGCCCCGCGAGCGUUUGGCAGAAGUAUAUGGGCUGAAGCCCCUAGAGAAAAUCGUGCCACAGGACAAAAGGUCCCUAGACGAGGAGGUCCUGCGAGAAACCUGCCGGACACUGUUGAGUCUUCCCCCAGAGGAGGUUGCAGACUUGAUCAAAGAAUUGCAGAAGGUACCGAACUCGGAGCUUGGGAAUCACCAGAAUAUCCCAGCACUCUUGGAUCGUCUGAGCGAACAAUAUUCGGAAUUCGACAAUGGCAACCUGGUCGCCACCCUGCUUAUGAACUACAUGGUUUUAGAACCGGGGCAGGCCAUUUGCGUCCCAGCAGAUAGCAUUCAUGCGUACCUUUCUGGCGACAUUCUCGAGUGCAUGGCGCGCUCCGAUAACGUUUUGAACACGGGAUUCUGUCCUCGGGCUGAUCGUGAUAAUGUUGAUCUGUUCGCACAAGCGCUUACAUUCAAGCCGCAAGGUACAGACGCGGCUUUGCUGCCCGGACAUCCGAGCUUGCUUGGCUCAAAUGGAAGAACCACCAAAUAUGCUCCUCCAAUCAGCGAGUUUAAUGUCUUGUAUCUGGAUCUGCAGCCGUCGCAGAAUGAGACACAUGCUGAGUUGCAGAGUCCGAGUAUUUUUGUGGUUACCCAAGGGUCCGGAAAAAUGAAAAUCCUGGGCGAAGGAAGAUCUGUUGACCUGCAAGAGGGAAGUGUGUAUUUUGCAGGCCGAAGCGCCAAGCUGCAAUUCUAUUCGGAUGACGGGUUGAAGCUGUACAGGUCAUAUGCCACGAUUUGA